AUCAGGGAAAAAUUAAAGAGCAGUGCAAGGCAAAGCAAGGCAAGGCAGGAAGAGCAAAAGCCCAAAAGGAGUGGAACAUCUCUAUGAGAUUCCCAGCCACUGAAGGCAUUCGCAUCUACAUACAAAAGAAAUCUUGUUGUUAGAAAUCCAGGAUUGUAUAUGCUUUGAUGAGUUAGGCAUGUUCUUUUGGUGCAGUAAGUUUGUUUCACAUGGCACUGACUGUCUCAAGCGUGCUUUCAUGUACCGUGUGUUUUACCGGGAAGGGUUUGAGAAGUGCUAUAGUCUUUGAAGCAGAGAGAGGCUAUAGGAAUGCUUUAGGUAGAAAAAUGAGGUUCCAUAAUUACCUCUUCAAUAAAGUUUCAAAAAUUUAUUCGCGGUCCAAGCACAAGUUUCCAGAAAAGUUAUUGGAGGAAGUACAUAAUUAUGAUACAGCCAGUAUCUCAGGUCGCUCAAAGCUGCUAAAUAAGGUGUCAGUUUUGAUGGGUUAUAAUGGCCUUCAUGAUUUAUUCGAGAACGAAAGACCUGAUGAGCAACCUGAUAGAAAUCUUGGAGACGCUACAGAUGAUUUUGAUCUUUCCCUGGCAUGUAAACGAUUUCCUUCCAUCACUUUGGGUAGUUCCCUGCCAGUAGAAUUGUAUGAUGAGGCAACUAGUAGCUCCCGAAUAAGGGCCCUAUUAGCAGCUCAAAGAUUUUUAUCUAACUCAAUGGAUGAAAAGUGGGUUGAUCCAAAUGGUCUGUCUGAAACCUGGCAUUCUUUGUAUGAACCUCUUUCAGAGGCUGGUUCUUCUGCAGCAUUGCAAGAAAGUACAGGUUCACAUCAGUCUUCUUGGUCCACAACUUUGGAAUCUGAAGGAAAGUCGGAUCAUCUACUUACUAUGGAAGAAAAUACAGAAAAAUUGGAUCAAUCUUCUUGGUCCAUGACUUCAGAAUUUGAAGGGAAGUCUGAUCAUCUAGUUGCAAAGGAGGUAUCCUCUAGUAAAGUUGGGGUUCAACGACAUUCGGAAAUAGCAACUAUUGAUUUAUUUCUUGAUAGAUCCAUCAGUUGCAUUCCUGGUUUAAGUAAAAGGCACUCUCGCCAGCUAGAAGAAUGUGGCUUUUACACUUUGCGGAAACUGUUACAUCAUUUUCCUCGGACCUAUGCAGAUUUACAGAAUGCACAAACUGAGAUUGAUGAUGGCCAGUACUUGAUUUUUGUUGGGAAAAUUAUGUCGUCAAGGGGAAUUAGAGCCAGUUAUACUUUUUCAUUUCUUGAGGUAAUUGUCGGUUGUGAAAUUGCAAAUAAUGGACCCACUUCAGAAUAUGAUGGCAGUGAUACUAAGGGUGAGAAGACAAUUUAUUUGCAUUUGAAGAAGUUUUUCCGAGGUGCUCGUUUUGCUUCUCAUCCUUUUCUUAAAAGUAUUGAAGGAAAGCAUAAGCUGGGAGAACUUGUAUGUGUUAGUGGUAAGGUGAGGGCUUUGAGUAAAGAUCACUAUGAAAUGAGGGAAUACAGUAUUGAUGUACUAAAAGAUGAAAACGAUUCAUCUGUUAUCACAAAAGGAAGGCCUUAUCCUAUCUAUCCUUCAAAAGGUGGCUUAAAACCUUGUUUUCUUAGAGACAUCAUUCCAAGGGCUUUACAAGCUGUGCAGGUCAAUAUUGAUCCUAUACCUGAAGAAAUCACUAAAGAAUUUGGCCUUUUAUGUCUCAAUGAUGCAUACGUUGGGAUUCACCAGCCAAAGAAUAUAGAGGAGGCUGAUUUAGCUCGCAGAAGAAUCAUAUUUGAUGAGUUCUUCUACCUACAGUUGGGCCGCUUAUUUCAAAUGCUUGAAGGUCUUGGCACAAAAAUUGAGAAAGACGGAUUACUGGAAAAGUACAGAAAACCUGAAGUGAAUGCUGCAUACAUGGAAGAAUGGUCCAGUUUGACCAAGAAAUUUUUGAAAGCUCUUCCAUAUUCCCUCACUUCUGGCCAACUUAGUGCUAUUUCAGAAAUUAUAUGGGAUCUAAAGAGGCCAGUCCCCAUGAAUCGACUUUUACAGGGAGACGUUGGAUGUGGGAAAACUAUUGUUGCUUUUCUGGCAUGCGUGGAGGUUAUUGCCUCUGGUUAUCAGGCAGCUUUCAUGGUUCCUACUGAGUUACUUGCAAUCCAGCACUAUGAUCACUUUGUAGAUCUGCUAGAGAAGAUGGAUGAGGUUGAUAAUAAACCUUCUGUUGCUUUACUAACUGGAUCAACCCCACUAAGGCAAUCACGUCUGAUUCGUAAGGAUCUCCAAAGUGGAAAUAUCUCACUUGUCAUUGGAACCCAUAGUCUAAUAGCUGAAAAAGUGGAGUUUUCUUCUUUACGUAUUGCUGUGGUGGAUGAGCAGCAUCGUUUUGGUGUGAUCCAGAGAGGAAAGUUUAACAGUAAGCUAUACUGUACUUCAACAAGCUCGAGAAUGCAAGCGGCUGACACAGAUGUUUCCUCUGAACAUGACAUCCAUAUGGCUCCUCAUAUUCUUGCCUUGUCAGCUACUCCUAUCCCAAGGACUCUUGCUCUUGCCUUGUAUGGUGAUAUGUCUUUGACAAAUAUUACUGACUUACCUCCUGGAAGGAUACCUGUUGAAACAUACAUCAUUGAAGGAACCGACAAUGGCUUUAAGAAUAUUUAUGUGAUGAUGCUAGAGGAGUUAGAAGCAGGAGGAAGACUUUAUAUUGUAUAUCCAGUCAUUGAACAAUCAGAGCAAUUACCUCAACUUCGGGCUGCUUCCGCAGAUCUUGAGACCAUAUCAAAUCAGUUUCAGAAUUAUAACUGUGGGUUGUUGCAUGGAAGAAUGAAGAGUGAUGAAAAGGAAGAAGCAUUGAGAAAGUUUAGGUCUGGAGAAACAGAUAUUUUACUUUCUACUCAAGUAAUUGAGAUUGGUGUUGAUGUUCCAGAUGCAACUAUGAUGGUUGUGAUGAAUGCUGAGAGAUUUGGAAUAGCUCAGUUACACCAACUUAGAGGACGAGUUGGUCGUGGGGCAAGAAAGUCUAAAUGUAUAUUAGUAGCAUCUUCUUCAAGUAGCCUAAAUCGUCUGAAGGUGCUUGAAAAGUCAUCAGAUGGCUUCCACUUAGCUAGUGUAGAUCUUCGUCUACGUGGACCUGGUGAUUUACUUGGAAAAAAGCAGUCUGGGCACCUUCCUGAAUUUCCUAUUGCUAGAUUGGAAAUGGAUGGGAAUAUUUUGCAAGAGGCACAUGUUGCUGCAUUGAAAGUCCUAAGUUAUUCUCACGACUUGGAACUUUUUCCGGCUCUGAAAGCAGAACUUAGCAUGCGACAGCCACUCUGUAUUCUAGGUGAUUGAGCUGUAGCUGGCAUGGUGAUUUCAAGGUUUCAGUUAAAACAUUUGGACAGAGACUGUAGGUAUGGCUUGUUAGUGAGCCCUUUGCUUGUAUAUCAUUGUGUUUAGGUGGCUUACUUGCUCUUUUGCUGCAUCCUCAUUUUAAUGUGAUGUAAAUCCAUAAUUAGCUGGUAAAAAAGCUGUACAGUUCUGGAUGUUGUCAUUUAUAUUUUAUUACAGUCAGCAUCUAGGCAGUUUCCAUUAAAAGUUAUAUUCAGACAUUCUUUAAAA